AUGCCCGGACUUCUCAUUGCCGGACUACUCACCGACGUUGGCCGAUACUCAGCGGAUCAGCGGAAAAGUCUUCAAAACUAUUCCAGAUCGACCUUCCUGAUGUCUUUGGAGAUGAAAAGUCAUCUUCGGAAUAUCCGCAACUUUGGACUUACCUCCUACACCGAGAAAGACUGCGUUCUGUAUGGAUCGAUUCGGACAGACAGGUCCCGGCUCCAAGUGCUUGCUUUCAAGUUGAAUGAGCUCCACUCGGUCAAAUAUAGACGACUACCCGCGGAUAAGCUGCCAUCUCUACUAAUAUCCACCGUCGGCGGCACGGAUAAUUUUUUGACAGAGAUCAGGAAUCUCGUUUCGACCAAGCAGGAUGUCAUCCAGCUCUGGAGUUGCGAUCCCAAGAGUAUCAAGAUCCUCGGCAUUGACUUGGGCCAAGUAUUUGUCGUUGGAGCGAGUGCGAUUCUACCCACUCGCGGGCAACCGAAUGUCGAACAAGGACAAGAGUCUGGCCAUACUAUCUUGGAGUCGUCGCUGUCAAGAACUGAGGCAGAGGAGGAUGAAUAG